CCCAUCUUCCUUCCACUUUCCCUUCUCUUAAAAUUCCCCUUUUCUUUUCCUCCUUAAAAUCUCCCUCACUUUCCUUUUUCUCUCUUGUCCCUCUCAGAAAUUUACACAUAUAUAUGCAAUUAAUCCGAGAGAUUCCAUCAAAAGGAAGAAGAUCGAGAUGGUGAGAGCUCCAUGCUGUGAGAAAAUGGGGCUCAAGAAAGGCCCUUGGACCCCUGAAGAAGACCAGAUUCUCAUCAAUUAUAUUGCCCUCUAUGGCCAUGGAAAUUGGAGAGCCCUCCCCAAACAAGCUGGAUUGUUGAGGUGUGGGAAAAGUUGCAGGCUUCGAUGGACCAAUUACCUGAGGCCAGACAUUAAACGAGGAAAUUUCACCAAAGAGGAAGAGGAAACCAUUAUUAAGCUUCAUGAAUUGCUGGGAAACAGAUGGUCGGCGAUUGCAGCGAGGUUGCCGGGAAGAACCGACAACGAAAUUAAAAACGUGUGGCACACCCAUUUGAAGAAGAGACCAACACAAAAUUACGCCGCCGCCGUCAACCGGAGGAGCUGCGGCGGCGAUAUCCCCGCCGGCGGACAAGAAUCAGCAGCACAAUCUUCAAAGUUCGCCCCCAAUUUCCAAUGCAUGCAGAGUUCUUCGCCGCCUCAUUGCUCCAGCGAAAGCUCCUCCGUCGUCACGGCGGAGAACGGCGGCGAUUUGUCAAUAAAAAAUGUUCCAGAGGCGGACGAGAAAUUCUGGUUGGAAGUUCUGGCGAACGAUCAAAUCGCCGGCGGCAUGGGAAUCCUGCCGGGGUUUGGAGGUGAAAAUCAAGGGCAAGGUCAGUUUGGUAAUUUGACGAUGGAGCCGGUUCAUGAGACCAUGGAUUUUUGGAUAAUAUUUUCGCAAGAGGAGGGGAAUUUCCUGAGUUUAAACAAAUAUUAUGAUCCUAAUUAGGUGUUUUCUUUAAUAUUGUAAUUUUCCUUUUCUUUUUUUUUUGGGUGGGGAAAUAGUUAGUGGCUGACAAUGAAAUUUUUUUGACCCUUUGGAGGAGAGGAUUGUAUUCACCAUUUCCAAAAGUUGUCAAAUUUUAUGGGGUUUUAUAGAUCAAAAA